AUGGGUAAAAGACCAAUCGGUUCGGAUCCUCAGACCAAUUUCAAGAGAUCAGAAACUUUAACGGAAGCCAUCAAGAAUGAAUACACUAAUUACUGUCCCUCGACCAAAAUCGAGACCAUAGACGUUCUCGAGCUUCCGGAUACCCCUGAAAGAAUCGAAAGAUUUCUGAAAGACUAUGUGAUCGCGAGAAAACCUUGCAAAAUCAAUGGGGUUAUAGGGGGAGAACUGUUCUCGAAAAAAUUGCACCCACAGCAUAUAACGUCCAUUUUUCCGAAAGAACAAAUUCUACAGGUCGAACGUAAAGUUGAUGGUGGUUUUGGAAGUGGCGAGAAACGACUCCAUAUGUCCUUUGGUGACUUUAUGUCGCGCUUGAAAAUGGGUGAAAGCGACCUAUACUUGACCACGCAAUACAGAGGUGAUAGUACGGGUACAAAUGGGGCUUUAGCAGCCGCAGAGGAAAAGGAGCAAGAAGAAGAAGAAGAAGAAGAAGAAGGAGAAGGAGAAGAAGAAGAAGAGGAAGAGGGAGAAGAAGGCUGUCACGCUUUUGCCGAUGGGUCGCUUUCGGAUGCAGGCUCAUUUAUCGCUGGCGAUUUAAGAGAUGAUUUUGAUGACCUCAAAUCUCAGGAAGAGGAAGUUGUUGCAAACCUAAAGUCCGGACCUCUAACAUGGCCAGAAGCCGAAGAACGGAUAAAAGAGCUAUACCAGCCUCCGAUGGACAGCUUGAUUGGCACUUUGUCGGAAAGUCCAGAAUUUCUGAGUGCUCUUAUACCGCAACAAAUCAACCUUUGGAUAGGAGCAACAUCGCAAACAAACACCAAGGCUCAGGAUGAGUUCCUGUCGAAUUACGAUGCUCAACUACCCCGUCUUGGCCUGGGAAGAUUUGUGCCCGGCGGUGGAUCUUCGUCAGGAUUACACCACGACCAUGCCGACAACCUUUACGUACCUGUCAGCGGGCACAAAAGGUUCACGUUAUUUUCCCCCAAGGACGCACACAAGAUGUAUACCGUUGGUACUAUACGAAAAGUUUACGCAUCGGGUGUCAUAGACUACGCGAGAUGCGAGAAUUCGCCUUUGUGGCGAAAUCUGCGCGACGAUGGAGCGAUUUUGGGCGAAGUGGCUCACCAGCAACUGAGUCACAACAAAAAUUUGACUACGGAGGAACAGAAAAAAUGGACAGAUAUCAUCAAGCAGGACGAAGAUUUUGUUGACCAGGAUUCAGACGUCAAACUUGAUCCCCCGUCCUUUUCGACAGUAAUCCCCACAGUGGUGCAUUUGGAUAAAAUUCAAGAUUCCAGUUUACGACAGAAGAUCCAAAACAAAGCUCUUGAAAAAUGGCCACUUUUUUUCGAGGCCAACCGCAUUGUAGUCGAUUUGAAACCUGGAGAAAUGCUAUAUCUGCCUGCAGGGUGGUUUCAUGAGGUUACUUCAUUUGGAUCCCUUGAUGCCAAAGAUUUGAAGGACCAAAUCCACAUUGCGGCUAACUACUGGUUUAUUCCACCCAAUGGUGUGGACCUGGUCAACUUAUAUUCACACGAAGACAACUACUGGCACACGGACUUUGAGCGGACCCGUGCCGCUCUCGAUAUUGCAAGACAAGAAGUGAGUAAAGCUGGAGAUGACUAG